AUGGGUCGACGAUCUAUAAAUACCACUAAAAGUGGUAAAUACAUGAAUCCCACAGAUCAAGCAAGAAAGGAAGCAAGAAAAAAGGAAUUAAAGAAAAAUAAAAGGCAGAGACAAAUGGUUCGAGCAGCUGUGCUGAAAAUGAAGGAUCCAACACAGAUUCUUGAGGAGCUUCAGAAAAUUGAUGAAAUGGAAUUUAAUGUACUUCAACCAUCUCCACUAAAUGAAAAAGUUUUAAAAGAGAAAAGGAAAAAAUUAAGGGAAACAUUUGACAGAGUUCUCAAGAUGUAUGAUAAAGACGAUCCAGAAAAAUGGGUGGAGUUGAAACGCCAAGAAAUGGAGUAUGAAAAAAGAAGAGCUCAUCUUAUUUCUUACUAUGAGUCUGUGAAGCAUGCUCAGUCAGUUCAAGUGGAUGACAUUCCACUACCAACUUUACAAGUACCAGAUAACUUAAUAUAUGGUAAUGUGCCAUCACAAAUACCUUUGCCUUUGGAUUCUGCUCAUCCCAAUGGACCUGUGAAACCUAUUUUGAAGAAAGACUCUGCAUACAGAGAACGGCCAAAAGGUAUCGAGCCACCCGGCGUCCCGCCCGGUCCUCCGGUUGACAUCGCUGCGCUGUUAACUGACGCGGUUAAGCUCAAGAUUAUCAAGGAAAAGAAGAGCCUUCGUUUCCACUACUUGCCCGACGAAGGACCUCCUGGAGAAUGUAACUAUUCUCCACCAGCAAAUCAAGCACCACCACAAACAAUUAUACCAGUACACGCCGAAGAUUAUGAUGGAGAACAAGUAGUAGACCCAGAAUGUCCAUCACCUCCGCAUGCCGUGGCAACGCCCGCUCCGAAACCUACGUCGCUUCAACAACGUAUGCUGGCUCUCUCCGGACAGAAUAUAGACGAUUUCAUGAAAGAGAUGGAGGAGGUGCAUAAAAAGAGGGAGAGAGAUAGGGCUGCUGAUUUAAAUGCUAGGUUGAGCGCAUUAAAACGCACCGGGGACGGUCGCGACAGUGAUUCGGACAGCGACACGGAGAUGCCGCCGUUGCAUAAUCAGCCGCAGGAGUUCCUCGAGCCGCCCGGAGCUGAGCUUAGGCAAAUGCCGCCGCCGCUUAUGCCACCAGGUCUCCGUUUGCCGCUCCGCGCCCCGGUGGGCCUGCCGCCGCUGCGUUUGCCGCCCGGCCCUCCAGCGGGUCGGCCGCCCGCGCCGCCCGGCCCCCCGCCCGGGCUGCCCCCGCGGGGCAUGUUGCGUCCCCCCGGCCCCCCGCCUGGUGCCCCCCCGCGCCUGCUGCGCCCUCUCGUGCCGCCCCCCCCGCCUAAGGCGAUGCCGCAAGUCUCCGUGCUCACCGCCGCCCCGCAGCUUAUACCCAAGAAAGAUGGCCCGCAAGGAACCACAAUUAGUGCGAAACCACAGAUUAGAAAUCUGUCCGCUGACGUCACGAGGUUUGUACCGUCGGCUUUGCGAGUCAAGAGAGAAGACAAGAAAACGAAACCCGCCAAAACUGGCAUCGUGCAAAGACCUGCAGAUAUUCCGAAGCACGCGCCCACCAAGGACGAUGCUUAUAUGCAAUUCAUGAAAGAAAUGGAAGGAUUAUUAUAAGGGAAAUUAUGAAAUUGUAUAUGUAUGUUACUUUCAAGGAUCGAAAUCGCUCAUUGAGCGAAAAAAUAGUUCACAACGCGUUGUGGCAAUCGCAGAAUAAAC